AUUAUAAUAAUAUAAAUUUCUACCUGCCAUGACAAAGGCAUAAUGAAUCUGGAAUAUCAUCCCCGAUUAGAUCCCUCGCCUAUGAGCCUAUUGAUAAAAAAAAUAAUAAUAAUAUAAAAUUUCCAUUAUAAAUUUCCAUCAACGGAUUCAUUGUUAUAUGCCGUUUUCCACCGUCUCCUGCCUUCCGUCCAAUCUCUCCGCCGACAUAAUAUGAGAAACGCCGUCAGCAAACAGUUUUAUCUUCAGAACCCUUUAAUUUUCGCCCUUGUAUUUCUCUCCUUGUUGUUCCGCCACACUCUCCUUAUCUCUGGAAACUCACCAUCUCCUCUAAUCGACGGCAUAGCUCUUGAUUGUGGCUCGACCAGCGAUACUGUUGCAACAGAUGGUAGAAACUGGACUGCAGACGCCAAUUCGAAAUUCUUCCUUCUAGAUCCAACCAACGCAUCAAAAAUAUCCUCAGCUCUUAAAUCUCCUAUGAAUAGUGAUGCUGUACCUUAUAUAACAGCCCGCCUCUCGCGCUCUGAAUUCACCUACAUAUUUCCUGUGACCUUUGGGCCAAAAUUUAUUCGUCUCUACUUUUUUCCAUCUUCCUACCCUGAUUUUAAUAGCUCUAUAGGUUAUUUUUCUGUCAAAGCCAAUCGCUACACCCUUCUUAGCAAUUUCAGCUUUGCAAGUAAUGCUCAGGCUCCUGGCUUAGACGGGUUUGCUCGAGAGUACUGCUUAAAUGUUGAAGAUGGUCAAAUGUUGAACAUAACGUUCGCUCCGACUCUUGGUUUGAACGAUGCUUAUGCUUUCGUCAAUGGGAUUGAAAUCGUAUCCAUGCCAACCAAUCUUUAUUACACAGAAGACGGUGAUCUUGGGGUCAAAUUUGUUGGCUUGAACAACCUAAGCAGCCUCAAAAGCAACACUGCUUUGGAGCUGAUGUACAGAAUAAAUGUGGGGGGCAACUUCAUCUCACCCCUAGACGACACUGGAAUGUUUCGAAGCUGGAAUAGCGAUAACGAUUAUUUAACUAUAGCAAAACCAAGUGCACUUCUUUAUAACGGCACCAUUCAAUUUACAAACAGCGACAAUAGGACUCGUUACGCUGCGCCCGAUUCAUUAUAUCGAACUGCAAGGUCGAUGGGAAUGGACAAGGAGACCAAUGAAAACUACAAUCUCACAUGGGGCUUUCAGGCGGAUACUAAGUUCACUUACCUUGUUAGGCUUCAUUUUUGUGAAUUUCAACCGCCAAUCACUCAAAGGGGAGACAGAGUGUUUUUGAUAUACGUAGCUACUCAAAUUGCGGAGUCUGAAGCUGAUGUAAUUGAAUGGAGUGGUGGAAACGGCUUUCCUGUCUUCAGAGAUUAUGAGGUGACGAUUGAACCAAAGGGAAACGAAAGGGUACAAAAUCUCUCUAUUGCACUACAUCCCGCGCCUAAUUCUAGUAGUUUGUAUUCUGAUGCCAUUCUGAAUGGGCUUGAAAUCUUCAAAUUGAGUAAUUCAGAUAAUCUUGCCGCUCCAAAUCCUGACAUACCUGUAAUUAGUCCACCAACUGCAGCAGCUCCCAGUCACAAUUCAACAAAGUCGAACAAUCAUCGGAAAACAAUAGGUGCCGUUGUUGGUGGUGCUGUAUCGGGCUUUUUGGUACUUUCUUUCUUAUUUUUCUUUAUUUUCCGGGGAAGACAAAAAGUGAAGGGCUCGGGUUCUACUGAUGCAGCUUCCUGGUGGGGUCGAUUUUCGGUAUCUUCGACCAAGUUUGCAAAGACCCAAGGCGCAGCUCUACCUUCUGAUCUUUGCCGCCGCUUUUCACUAGCUGAGAUCAAAGAGGCCACCAACAACUUUGACAGUGUAUUGAUUAUUGGUGUCGGAGGAUUUGGUAAUGUGUACAAAGGGUUGAUUAAUGAUGGGGCCACUACCGUUGCGAUCAAAAGAUUGAAUCCAGAAUCGAAACAGGGGGCAAAUGAGUUCAAGACGGAAAUUGAGAUGCUCUCUCAACUUCGGUAUCUUCAUUUAGUGUCGCUAAUUGGUUAUUGCUACGAAAACAAGGAGAUGAUCCUAGUUUAUGAUUACAUGGCUCGGGGAACCCUUAGCAAUCACCUCUACAAGACCGACAAUCCUCCACUUUCGUGGAAUCAACGGCUAGAGAUUUGCAUUGGUGCAGCACGCGGGUUGCAGUACCUUCAUUCAGGCGCGAAGAACACCAUAAUUCACCGUGAUGUGAAGACAACAAAUAUCUUGUUGGAUGAGAAAUGGGUCGCCAAGGUUUCAGAUUUUGGAUUGUCCAAACUAGGUCCCACUAGCAUGUCAAAGCCACACAUCAGCACAGUGGUAAAAGGCACUUUCGGGUACUUGGAUCCUGAAUAUUAUCGACUUCAGCAAUUGACGGAAAAAUCUGAUGUUUACUCAUUUGGCGUUGUAUUGUGUGAAGUGUUGUCAGCUAGACCUCCAGUGUAUCGAUUGGCUGAUAAAACACCUGCAAGCUUAGCAGAGUGGGCUAGAAAAUGCUACCGCAAUGGAACAUUCGAUGACAUAAUUGAUCCAUAUUUACAAGGACAAAUCUCACCCGAUUGUCUGAGAAAAUUUGCUGAGGUUGCAGUAAGUUGCUUGCUCGACAAUGGAGUGGAAAGACCAUCAAUGAACGACGUGGUUUGGGGUCUUGAGUUUGCGUUACAACUACAGGAAACAGCUAUCAAGCAGUGUGGACUUCCAACUGAAGUUGACAUUGAUAUGAAGAGCGCCCUAAAGGGCACCUCAGUUGCAGAUACCAGCGAUAAUAUGUUCAGUAGUGGCAGUGGGCUUACUGUAGGUUCCCGGCUUAGCGGAAUGACAUUUAAAAGCAGCUCCGAUGAGCAAAGUUUUCUCAUGAACAAUUCUGAGAAAGCAAAGUAUGGUGCUAUAUUUUCUGAGAUCACCAACCCAACAGGGCGAUAAGAAACAUUCCUUUUAGGUUUCUAUAAGUUACUGUGUUAUGUAGAACCAUGAGAAUAAUUUUUCUGGGUGGAUUAUACUAGCUCAUAAGGUGUCUGCUAAAUGUUGCUUGUUCUUGAAUUUCAUUUAAUAAUUUUUCUUUUGUA